CCGUAUUUGAUAACAAUGAUAUUCACAAGCUCUUCAACUAAGCCAAUCUACCUACCUACUUGCGGUAAAUUUGCAUCGUCCACAACCAAUCAGUUUCGUUUCGCAUCUCGCUCAUCUUGGGAGGACGCACGGCUCAAAUCCAUCCAAUCAGACGCGGCUAAAAAUAGUUUCAUGAAGCGUCAGCAGCUGAAGUUUAUCGUGCUGGGUGCCGGCAUCAAUGGUUUGUCGUGUGCUUUCCGUCUUGCGGAGCACUAUCCGGACGCUCGCAUUGAGAUAAUUAGCGAACGAUUCAGUCCCAAUACAACCAGCGAUGUUGCCGCAGGGCUUUGGGAACCUUAUCUCAGCGGGGACACUUCGAAGCAGAUGUUGAGAAAAUGGUCUCGCGAGACUUACGAAUAUUUCCACCGGUUGUGGAAGGCUGGCCGUGCUGACGAAUGUGGGAUUUCUUUGGUACCGUUUAUCUCAUGCUCUAAAGGCCCAGAGCCAGAUGACAUCUUUUGGAAGGAUUUUGUGUUCCAUUACGGAGACUUGACGCGGGAAAGAUUGGAGCAAUUGAGUCAAGAGCAUGGCGAAGAGUACAAGUCCGGAACGGAAUUCAUAACGUUCACUUGCGAACCAACUAAGCUGAUGCGAGUCUACACCGCUGUCCUCAAAUCACGCGGUAUUACUUUCCGUCAACAGAAGAUCGGAUCCAUUCAGGAUCUAGCCCGGGAAGCAUCAACUUCCACAUAUGUCGUCGUGAUCAACUGUUUGGGGAUCGGAUCGCGUGAGUUACUCAACGACAGCAAAAUCGGUCCCAGUCGAGGUCAGGUUCGUCGUAUUGAAGCUCCCUGGAUGUUCCACGUGUUCUGCAACGACUCGGCCUACGUUAUUCCCAACACCGGAAGUGUUACGAUGGGUGGAAUAAAGCAGAUUGACGAUUAUGAGCUGGAGGCACGGCAGGAAGAUACGGAGACGAUCAAACGGGGAUGCCAUGGGAUUGUACCGGCGUUGGAACGGGCACCGGUGAAAGGUGAAUUCGUCGGAUUGAGACCUCUACGGCAGGCGGUUCGUGUGGAGACUGAGUGGAUGGAAACAGGCGACGGCAAUCGGUUUCCGGUGAUCCAUAAUUACGGCCACGGGGGCAGUGGCAUCACCCUUUCCUGGGGUUGCGCCGGAGAGGUUCUCACCCUGGUGCGCAACGUUAUCGGCGAGGACAUCCCCGCCGGCAGAAGGAAAUCGAAGCUGUAGCAGUGACCGUCAAGUCGUCUUAUCAACCACAUACAGAGAUUUUCAAUACAAACCAGAGAUUUGAUUAGAAAGAUGCAUUACAGUUCCAGUCAUUGUUGUAACCCCCUAGAGAUAGAGGAAAUAUAAACAGAAAAUAUUUGCGA